CUCCUGGUAACUGCUUUGUUGUAGUGAAGAGCCACGAGUUAGGACACAAGGUAGUACUACUUGAUUUUUAUUCCUUGUGUAAUUUAGAAUGUUAGUUAGAUUUAUUAAGAAAAGCAAUUUGAUAAGAAUUCAAGCAGCAUGAUUAUCAGAAUUCAUUGAUUACUACGAGUUUAUGUCUGUGGGUUUCUUUGUGCUUUCAGUCGCUUGAGAAAGAAAGACGCAUAGCUGGCAGAGCUUAAAAGUGCACAGGUCAAGAAUGUUGGGUGGAGUUAAACAAACCUACUGCAAAUCACUGAAUAAAAAAAGUGGGGCUGCAUCCUGCUGUGCUAUUUAAAGUGACACACAAUCAAAUCACAGAGGACGCACUCCGAGUACACACCUUUGAGUACACAGUUCUACUAGUGAACGCAAGAUUGCCAGUGGUCAGACUUCAGCCACCAGCAGGGACUUUCUGAUAUUCAGAACUUGUGCAUGCAAGGCACUUCAGAAUCAAAGUCAACCCAGGGUUAACCUCAGAACUCAGGUCUCAUGGCAAAUUAUACUGUUCCUGCACACCAUGGUGGGCAAAUACCUAUACAUACUCAAGACAGAGACCAGCUGUCCACUCUUGAUGUAGUGUGGGCUAAUAAAUAUGAGAAUGAAAUCAUCAUUCCAACAAAUGCCGAAAAGAUGGAAUUUGAGUUUUACAAAGGUGCCCCACCUCAAUGGCUGAACUUCUAUUGGGCCGAACACAAGAAUUCCCCUUUUGUCAGGCGGGAUUUGUAUGAUGAGCUUCAAGAAAAGAUCCAAAAAACUAGAAAGCAAAGAAGAAGCAUUGCUAAAAUCAAUUUGCUGCAUGACCCUGGUAGUGGGGGGUCCACCCUAGCCAUGCAGUUACUAUGGGACCAGAGAAAAAAGCUCAGGUGUGCCAAAUUACUAGAUUCCACAAUGGACACAAGAGUAAUUGCAAAGCAAGUGCUGUUGUUAUUUAGAGCAGGUGGUUUAGAAAAGCAAAACACUGUUCUCCUUCUUCUGGAUGGAAACUACACAAAUGAGGAAGAUUUGUUUCAAGUAAAACUUGAAGAAAAGCUCUGUGAUGAAAUUAAAGCAAAUAAUAUCACUGCUGCAAUUCCUGUGGUCAUCAUUUUAAACUGUCUUCACCACACAGACUUGACAGAAGGAGCACAAUAUGUGAAACUAUCCUCAAAGCUUUCCGAGGCAGAGAAAGAGAGAUAUACAACAAAACAGUCUUCCAUCAUUCAAAAUUAUGGAGACAGGCAUACUGAACUUUAUGCCUUUAACAUUAUGCAGAGAAAUUACGAUUCGUCUUACGUUACAGAAGUCUGCAGAAAUCUUCAGCCAUUCCAAAAAAAAAACAGGCCCCGCACACAACAACUUUUGGCAUUUUUAGCACUGGUUAAUUCAUAUGUCCCUGGCUCUGAUCUCCCACAAGAUCUUUGUCAGAUGUUCUUAAGGAGGGAACGUAAUAAUCUGAUAAUUUCUCUUUUGAGGAACAGAUGCAGCUCUACACAGACUUUUUGGUCUUGUUCUCAACAAAAGAAGGAAAUGACAACAUUGAGACCAUGCAUGUACGAAUGGUACAUCCUAUGAUUGCUCAGGAAUGCCUAAGAUUGUUAACUGAUGCUGGGGUAACCAGAAGUGACAUUACAUUGAAACUGAUGGUAGAAUUGGGCAGAAAUUACAUGCCUCCAAUUUUGGUAAAAACUAUCAAAGGAUUACUCACAAAGAGAGUUAGGCAUGGAAGACCUACCAAAUUCUCCAGACUGAUCCUAGACAUAAAAACUGAAGAACAAGAAUCCAUGUGUUUUGCAGUGUUGAAAAUGGCGUCGAAGACAUUUACAACGGAUCCAUUCUUUCCACAAGCUCUUGCCCGUUUCUGUUACAUUGAGAUAAAUAAUUAUGCUAAAGCUAAACACUGGGCUGAAAUGGCAGUUAUGAGGGAUGAAAAAAACUCCUUUAUCAGA